AUGCAAAGUAUCAUGAAAGCCAAGACUGACAAGGACAUGUCUAGUGCGGUUGCCCAAAAGUGCUAUUGUGGGAUGCCAAACUGUAAGGGGUUCAUUGGUGCGUCGGACAAAAAGAGUGAUGAAUUUGAAGAGAGUGAGGUAUCACCCAGUGAAGAAGAAAUAGAAGAGGAAGAAGAAGAAUCGGAUAGCACAGAGUCGUCUUGGCCAAAGAAAAAGAACCUGAAGAGACAUCGCCGUCGUCAUUCUGAACCCCUCCAAGAUCCAGAUGAAGUACAGACCUUUGUGAAGAAGAUGCUGGACUCAGUUGGAAAAGCGCAUCUGGUCAACAAACUUCUCCGUCGUCUCGAACUCACAAAUCCAAACACAUCCCGAGGAAAAGAGGUUUUGAAACAGUUUUUGUGGCUACAUGGUUUAAAGAUGCUCAAAUUUUGGCUUGGAGAAUGGAAGAAUGACGAAGAUAUCGUAAAGAAGGUACUACAUGUCCUGGAUCAAUUGCCACUAGCCAACAGGAAUGGGCUAGAGGAUUGUAAGAUGAUUGAUGUAGUCAGGAAACUCACGAAUCAUGAAGACGAAGAGAUUAGUGAAAUGGCCGAAGCUCUGAUCGAAAAAUGGGAAAACCUCAAAAGUAUCUACAGAAUCCCAAAAAGAAUGUAUGUGGAGCCACAACCUGCACACAAAGAGACGUUUGAGGAAAGAAUGGGCUUAAGUCAGGAUGAAGAAGACAGCGACUACGGCUCAUAUUUACUACGGACGAACAAGCGGGCAAGAUACAGCUCCACACGCGAAUUCUUUGAUCCUGACGACGACUACUUUGAAUACCUGUCGAUGUAUGCAACACCCGAAGAGAUUCAUUGGAAGUUGCAGUACCCACCUGUACCUAUCAUCCCAACCGCCCCACGUGCAAUGCUAGAUUAUGCUCCAAGUUUAUCUCACAAAUAUUACAACCGCCCAACAGAGACCGACUCGCCAACCCAGCCGGAACCUAAUCGCUAUUUGUAUUCAGAAAUGAAUGGAAAUAGUGGAGUAGAAAAUGACGCUUUUGACACAGGAUUUUCUUUAUCAGAAUCAGAUUCUAGACUUAUUGACUCGAUGAACAACAAUUCACUUCAAUCCUCAGGUUACUACGACAACCCUUCCCAAACCACGCCAUCACAAAUGCACAUAGUAAGCACACCAAGCCCAGUUGCUGCCAGCAAACUACCCUUGAAUUGGCGAAUGGCGACUUGCGAAGACGGAACGGUGUAUUACUACAGCAAGAUAACUGGAAAAUCGCAGUGGGACUUUCCAGAAGAGAGGGUCAGCUCUAUCGAAGGUGUAGAUCAAGCACAGCUCACUGGACUAGUCGAACGAGCGAUUAUGGACGCACAGAAGAAGAAGAACGGAAAUACCAGUAGUGAAAGUCCAGCAAGCAGAACCGAUCGGUCUCCUCGCCUAACGACGCCUUCUACGAGUACUGAUGCAACACCUCUUGGAGAUAGCGCUGGUUUUGAUGAGGCAGAAAUCAAAAAAGAAGUUGGCAAGGUUGUGACGAAAUAUCUAAGUACAAGACAAUCUGCUCUUUGGCAUGGAGAUAGACAUUUAUUCAAGGAGCUGGCACGCAAAAUUACACACCAUAUUGUUGAUCGAGAGUCAAAUUCUUCAAAAAAGUUUCAAGGAAUGGAUCUUUCACGUCGCCUAAAGAUUGAGAAGUUUAUUGAUACACACGGUCCUAGCUUUGCUGCGAGGAUCUCAAAGAAAAAACGAUUGUUUGUGGAUUCACCCCUCAACCACUCUGUGGAUGACAAGUCUGACAGCCGAGCUACGAGCGUCUCACUCGAUACCCUGCGUGAACCAGAAGAAGAGGAAGAGGAGGAUAAGAUCCCAAAGAAAGUAGAAGACGAACCUGCUCAGAUAACCCCAGAAUCAAUGGUUAAAGAAGUAGACAACAUAAACGAACCAAGAGACAGCUGGGUUCCCAAUAGAGAAUUAGAUCAACGUAGAGAGAAUAUAAUUUCGACCUCGCUAAGUCCGGCGUUCAAUAUGUUGGACAUCGGUUCAGAAGUCGCCGCGACGAGGAAUGAUGCUAGCCGGCCUGCAUCGCAUCGUGCGAGUGACUACUACUACUACAACCGUCGCAGCCGAGAUGAGUCACCUUAUGGUAGAGAUAGAUCAUACCGUUCCCACGACCUUGGCAGCGACCGUUACCUCCCUGACUAUCCCCGGUCAGCCUCCACCUUCCGUCCCCCAGGAAAUUACUAUUACUCAUCUUACUACCGUCAUCCACCGUCCCCACCGCCUUACCGUUUCCAUCGUUACUACGGUGGCCGCCAAUCUCCUCCUUACUAUAGAUCUUCUGCAAGCUCUUCACGGCGAGGUUCUCCAGACGAAGACUUUGAUAGGAGACGAUGGGAUUAG